AGAUUCGUCAAGUUUUGCAAAAUUAUUAAUCACUUCAACUACAAUAACGUUUUAAUUUUAUUUAUUCGUUUAUGUAGUAAUAAAGAAAUCAAUUACGAAUUAACUUACUACGAGUAACUAAUAGAUUAGUGUAUAAAUGGUGGUCAAAUACAUGUAGUAAUUUUCAUAUGAUGUGUAAAAUAAUUUGUUUUAAUGAGUGUUAAUUUACUUUUGAGUUGCUUCUUUUGUUAUUUAUAACAAUUCUAUACGAAUGCGUAAAUAAAUAAAGUAUAAAAGCUGUAGCUCAACUGUAGCUAACAACUAAUUUUGGCUAUUAGAAAUGUACUAGGCUGCUUUGAAAAAUAAUGCAAUGUACGCUCCAGAUAAUAGAAGAAAGGAUGCCAGAGAUGUUAUUUAUCGCAGCAAUUCUAGUCUCGACUUGAUAUAUGCUGAACAUCCCUCCGGGAAUGGUUUGAGACGGGAGUACGGAAGUCAUGGUUCAAUUGACGUAAUUGGAGGUGCAAACGAUCGGUUACCCGCAAUGGUACACAGCUACAGCGGUGUGUCAGCCCCAGACAAGACACCCGGUCUCAACCGCACCGUAGAUAGGAUUGCUGACGGCCUUACAACAGACCAUGCAGAUGGACCUGCAUCAAGAUCAAGUGCCAGCCCAAAACCAAGGCUCAAAUUGAAUAAACUAUGGGGUGGCGCAGCACCUGUGUUGAACCGUCCGUCUCUGGACGAUGGUGGACUUUCAACUGUAGCUGAUGUUAACAAGAGGAAGCAGUUUGCUCACUAUGAUUGCCAAUCACUUAUGGCCAACUUAACCUAUGCGGCUGAGAUCCGUGGAGCUUUGUUGAGCAGGCGCCGAAAUACAACAACUGGAGCAUCUGCUGCAUCUUUACUUGCAACCCGCGGACUGCCUCCUGGAGAAGAUGCAGUGCCAGAUACAGGAGAUGGAAGAUCAAAUGAGUUGCUAGAAAGCUGUCCAUUCUUCCGAAAUGAGUUGGGAGGUGAAGAAGAGCGAUGUGUAUCCCUAUGUUGGAAGACUGCUCGCGGCGCUAUACUAGGCCAGUCAGGAGGCUGGCACCGUCCUCGCGCCGCUUACGGGAUUUCCAUGCUGGAGUUCCCUCCCGGACAAACACAUUGGCGUCAUGGCUGCCCAUUUGCCAGGUCCCUUUCACCUUUUCCUAUAGAAAGCCAGGACUUAGGAGCUUUAUACUACAGGAAUUAUUUCUACAAUCAACCUCAUCAAAAUUGGUUUGGUAUGGACGAAAAUCUCGGACCAGUGGCGAUAUCCAUAAAGAAGGAGAGAGUGGAACUGCGCCGUGGAGGCGGCGAUGUGUCAGCUCCCGCGUCCCAGUUGGCGUGGCAGUACCGCCUUAUAUUGCGCACUUCUGAGUUACUCACUCUACGCGGAUCCGUGCUCGAAGAUGCUUUGCCUACGACCAAACCUAGUAACAACAGUGCUACAUACAACACUAAAGAUGUUCUGGAAUAUGUUGCUCCAGAGCUGCAAGUUAGCUGCUUGAGGCUUGGCAUCAACAAUGGUGGAGCUGAAGAACAACUGUUACGACUAGAUGAACAAUGUGUCACAAGACAUUACAAAGUGGGAGUAAUGUACUGCAAGAGCGGCCAGUCAACUGAGGAAGAAAUGUACAACAACCAAGAAGCUGGCCCAGCUUUUGUAGAGUUUCUCAAGAUGUUGGGCCAAACAGUUAGAUUAAAAGACUUUGAUAAGUAUAAGGCUGGUUUGGACAAUAGGACUGACUCAACUGGACUGUACUCCGUAUUUACCACGUAUCAGGGUUGCGACAUAAUGUUCCACGUGUCCACCAUGCUGCCGUAUACCCCGAACAACCGACAACAGUUGUUGCGGAAACGACACAUCGGCAACGACAUUGUAACCAUUGUCUUCCAAGAGCCUGGUGCGGCGCCGUUCACUCCGCGCAACAUCCGGUCACAGUUCCAACAUGUUUUUGUUGUAGUUAGGGCUAUAGAUCCAUGUACAGAGAAUACGCAUUAUAGUAUAGCUGUGAGUCGAGCUAAAGAAGUGCCUUUGUUUGGACCUCCGAUAAAAGAUGGUGCGAUAUACCCGAAGGGCGAAGCGUUCACUGACCUAUUGUUAAGUAAAGUUAUAAAUGGCGAAAAUGCUGCCAUUCAAUCACCAAAGUUUAGUACAAUGGCAACGCGCACACGUCAAGAGUACCUGAAAGAUUUAGCGAAGAAUUAUGUGACUGCAAGCACUGUCGAAACGGGACAAAAGUUCUCAAUAUUCUCUUCGUUACUAAUGAAAAGUGGCAGUAACUCUACAAACAACACUUUGAUCACACGAGUCGACAACUGUACGAACGAUGUCUUAGUGGGUGGCGCUCUCUGUUUUCACGUGCAAGUACAAGAUGAAGGCGCAGGCGGUUCCCUGCUGGACUGUAUCAUGGGUGUGUCGGCCGAUACCGUGGUGUUCGUCGAGGACAGUACGAGGCAAAUCGUACUCGUUCUACCUACCAGCUCAUUACUUGGCUGGGUGGUGAGCGGGGGCUGGACGCGCGUGUACUACCACCGCGGCGAGAGCGUGCGGCUGCGGGGCGGCGGCGACGGCCUGCUGCGGCGCCUGGCCGCCGUCGCGCCCACGCACGCGCAUACACUCGCCGAGAUCACGCUCGAACGGGGCGCUCAGCCACAGCUCGGUUUCCAUGUACAGCCAGAUGGUCUAGUAACCCUAGUGGAGAGCUCGGGUUGCGCCGCCCGGGCCGGUAUCAAGCGUGGCGCGCGGCUGCUAGAAGUAUGUCGUGCCGCCGUAGUAGCGCUGCAUCACGACCAACUCGUAGACCUGCUUAAAACCUCCGAUCCAGUUACCGUGACGGUGACAUUCGCGUCGAGUACGAAGUGUCAGUGUGAGACGGGGCUGGAGGAGUGCGGGCUGGCCCCGGGCCGCGGGGACGCGCAGCAACCCGGCCGCCCGCGCCGCGCCUACGAACGGGGACACUCGCCGCCGCGCUCCGAUAGCUCGGGAUAUGGAACUGGUGGAUCAUGUCGCAGCGGUCGUCGUUCCCCGCAGACGUCCCCUCUGCCCGAGGCAGUGCGGCGCCGCUCCCACGACGACGCGGCCUCCCCGCGACAUAACCGACAUAAACGGGCCUCCGCCAACACUUCCUCGCUCACUGAGGAUCUGAUCCGCAUGAUGGAUGCCGAGCUGGGUGAGGGUGGUCGGGGCUCUGCUGUAAGUAAUAGUGGGGGUCCCGGGCCAGCUGGGGCGGCGCCCCUACCUCUGCCGGAUGCGGGGGCACUGGACUGGGCCGCGCUCGUACAUACUGCUACCAGGGCCAUGCUUCAGAUCUGUGAAGAACAUCAGUACCCGUCCAUGGACAACACAGAUCCGUCAUUAGAGACGCUACCCAACGAACCUACCACCGACUCUUGGAAUGAUGUCAAUGCUACGACGGAAGCAGUCCCCGCUCCAGCGGGCGGCGGCGCGACGGAGGCGUGUGCGUGUGGGCUGGCGGCCCGCGUCGCCGCGCUCGAGACCGACGCCGCCGCCGCGCAGCGACACCGACACCAACUCGAGGAGGAGGUGCGUCGGUUACGGAGGCACAACGCGCGGCUGCGUGAGGAGUCCGCGAGGGCAGUGUGGCAGCUGAGACAUUUCACACAGUGGCUCAAGAGGACCGUCGACCGACAGUGAGACUACAAAACAUACCCACACGUCCAAAAUACUCGGUAUAAGUAUGGUCACAAAUUGCCAUCGAAGCCUAAGGACUUUCGAAUUGAAAAUAAAAACGAUUUUUGUAAUUGGAGGGUUGUGAAUAAGCGUUAAAAGUCGAUCGUUUUAAAACCUAAAUUAAAAAAGCCUUGUAACAUCAAACAAUAUUUCAUAUGAUUAGUAUUAAAUACUAACAAACACGUUUCGUGUUGAAAUGAAACGAAUAAUACAUUUUUCUUAACGCAUGCGUCUAUUUAUCAGACUGACAGAAUCUGAUGUUAUUUUGAUAUCGUUUUAUAGAAAUCUCUGUAUAGUGAUACUCUGGUGUAGUUGACCCAAAUUCAAAUAAAAAGGUAAUCAAUUUAUUUAUUUGAAAUUGCUUUAAUAAUUUAAGCAGAUAAUUGUAAUUAAUUAUUGCUAUAGCAAUCAGAGACAGAUAACGUCUCGGAAAUAUACAAUUGAAAGAUAAAUUAUAUUACCUACAAUCAUGUAUUAAAUUUAUCACGCUUUGGAACGGCGGCUACACAAAUAAAUGCGAAAGUAUCUUUGAAAUGAUGGUAGCUGUAGUAUGUAGUCUUAAAAUUGAUAUAGAUAAUAAAACAAAGUUCAAUUACAAUAAUUCUUAUGAAAAUAUAUGCCUAUAACUGAAUAGAUGAUAACAAUGUUAAACAUGCGCUGUCUUAUGAAUUUCGUGCCUUUUCCGUGCUUCUUGUGAAGCGUUUGUUUUGGCGUAAUUUUUACGUAAUAUGUUGGUACUAGUACUCGUAGACUAAUUUGUUAUUACCUUAUAUAUGGUAUUAAUGGUUGACGUUAUUGUCUCAAUUAAAUUGACGUAUUUACAUAUAAUUGUUAAAAGUCUCGUUUUACAAUAACUAUCUGCAUUAAACAGACAGUUUAUAUAACAAAACGUUUUAUGGGUAAUAUAUAUUAUUUAUUGCUAUAUGUUUAUCGUAUACACUAUUGAUACUACGUAGGCUUUAAUUUAUUUAUCGAUUACAGUUAUCUAGAUUAAUAUGUCGAGAUUAUGGUUAAUUGUAAGGAGAACCGAAGUUGUAAGAGAACACCAAUUAGUUUAAGAAUUUUAGUAUAAAUCAGUCAAGUAAAUAGUGGGCUUUACGAUUAAAUAUUAACAACAUAGACCUGUACCCAAGUAACACAAACAUCACAUUGUUCCCAAGCGAUGUGUUUACAGCCCACCAUCAAUUUGAUAUGAUUAGUCUUGUGACGUAAGUUAUAUACUAGUUUAGCUGUAUUCUAAUUAUAAACAGACUUGAAACCUGCCAAAUAUUAAUACAAUAAGAGAAAAAAUGCGUUAGCACAAAUAGUACUCGUUUAAAAUAUUAUUAAACUGAUACAUGGAAUGUUUACGCAAGUUGAACAUAUUUCAUAGUGAAUGCAACUUAUGAAAUUGUAAGAACUAUGUUCGUUAUAAGUUAUUCGACGUCCCAAACAAGUUUAUACUCAAAUCAAAUCGCGUACGAGUGAAUCGGAUCACGUGAGAUACAUCAAUAGUUUUGUCUUCGUUGUACUUUGUUUGUGUAAAUAUGAGUCUCAUCAACUAGAUGUAAUCACCAAUAAAGCUUUAUUAGUUUAGGUUAUUGUAGGCCUUAAUUUUAUUUGUAACGGGAGAGACUUAAUAACGUAUUGUGAGCCUUUAUUCUCAUUGUUAUCUCAGUAAAUACAUACAUACCAUAACUCAAUUGAAUCUUUUAACAAAACCGCAUUGUAGAAGGAGUCGUUAGUUGCCUUCGUCUUAAAAAAAAGGUUAUUCUAAGUGAGAUUCUCAAGUACCUAAAGCAAAAUUAGACUUAUAUAGAAUUAAAAAGCUAUGAAAAUAUGAGAAACUCAUACGUUACAUAUACAUUCAAUGCCAGAAGAAACUACGAAGAUACAUUAACGAAAUAUUGGUGCACUUAUUUCAGUCUUCCGUAUGUAUUACCAUGUUAAUGUGUGAUAUAGCUACUAUAUAAAUAUAUAUUAGUAUAUUGUUCAACAACAUGUUUUUGCGCAAACAGUUCAUUGUUAUAAAUAAUAUUCAUUUUAUAUAUGGAACAAUAUAGUAAAACUAAGUAUUUAAUCUAUAUUAUUUAGAUCUUCGACUCCCGACGAAGUUGUCUCUCUAUGAACACAACUGAACUUUACAAGAAUUGUAAUAUUUGUUUUUUAUAUUGUUACUCAAAUAUUGGCUUGUAAAAAUUACCAACGCGAGUGUGGAUCAUAGAUUUUUUAUUGCAGGAAUUAAACAUGAGAAGUUAUUUUCUCUAUGUAAAUGCAUGGGGUAUUAGAAUAAAUAAAUCGUUAUGAAACAGAUGAAAAAUAAUCAAUACUAAUUUAUACAAGCUAAUAUUUUAAUUUUGCAAGUUUAUAAGUUAAUUUCGUAUUUCUUUACCAUUUUUGACUAACUACCAAAAUGUUUUUGUUAUGAAAUUGUAUUUGUCAAUUACCUACUCAUUAUACCUAUUCGUAUGCUCUACUCUGUGGUCGGAAGUAGUUACAUAUUUGAGUUUUGAUACUACUUUUAUUUUUUGUACGUACAUAGCCGUAACGUAUUCUAAUAUAAAUUAUUUUGUAUACCUAGGAGCAGCCGAUGAAAGUUUUAUAUUCUGUAAUUAGUAAAUGGUAACAGUUCAAGCAAAACCACUGUUGUAUACUUUGAUCGUAGAGAAAUCAAAUGACCGAAAGACUCCCCAUUGCUUGAGAUACGUACCAUUUUCUAGUUCGUUAUACAUAUACACAAGUUCAUUUGUGAACCGUGUUAGAAACAUGAAUUUGUAUAAGUUUUCCCACCACUCAUGUUUAGGAUGUAGCUAAGUUAUUUGUUAUUUUUUCUACAUUGGAAGGCUUGCUCAUAUUUUGUCAAAUUGAAAUUACAUAAACUUCUCACGUUAAUAGUUAUUUACCUUCAUCGUUCAUAAGUAAUCGUUUCUUUUUCACAAAAUCUGAGCAAGUCUUAUAUUGCAAUGCCUAAUGUUUACUGCGGAUAAGUAAGUAACCAAAGCGAUUACAUUUAACCUCCAUAUUUUUGAAAUUUGGAUUGUUUGCUCGUAAAGCUUAAAGGUUCAAUUAUUUAGAUACAUAAUUUCCCUUAGAUAAUUUGUACGUAUUCUAAAGGACAUUCCAAUAAAACUUAUAUACCAA